AUGGACCCCAGCGCUUGCCGAGUCAUCUAUAUCGAUGAGCGGUUCAAUGGUGAACGAUGGAUCUCGAGGGACGGGUUGUCUCCCAGCACACCGCAAAGAAGCGGCUCGCAUGGAGAAUUCUCCGACCUCCCUCCCGACUUGCAGACCAAUGUCAACGCCUUUCUAAGCGUUUUCAACCAAGUUUACGUUUGUUCCUCCGGUCGAGCUUUCUCCACCAAGCUGUCCGAGCUUCAUGACCAGGUCAAGCUGGACUGUACCCCAAUCCUCGCCUGUUUUGACAUAGGCUCCGAGUCAAAAGUCGAAUUCCUGCGCUCAUCGCGUACAAAGUUCUCUCCAGUCUCUGACUCUCCACUACCGUCACCCAACCUGCUCAGUCGAGCCAUCACCUUUUCCUCCGAGUCUGACGAAUCCCACGGCCUGCAAUUACUAUCGAGAAUAGCUUCAGAUCUUCAGGUCGAGGAAGGUGUCAAGCUCAUUAUACCCGUUGCGAUCGUACAGCCCCGGAGAAAAGAUUCCCACGACCAGAUUCUUGACCAUCUUCGUCCGAGUAGCGUCACGAGAGCCCCACUAGGUCGCGAGGCCACGCCCGUUGAGAUCAGCGACCACUCAGAUAUUAUCGAUGCCCAGUUAAUGCUACAAUGCCUCGAUGCCGGUGCUCUCGAUGUUGUCAAGAGCCCGCUAGAUAAAGCGGGGAUCAUGGGUCUAACAGUGCAUGCAUAUCGUAUCUACAAAAGUGCCAAGAAGGAGCAGGCGGGCUUCAUGGCAAUGUCUCGCAGAGGUCGCAAACAAUCCUGGGUAGGCGUUGAGGAGGAAAAGCCUUAUGCGUAUCUCCGAGAAGCCAUGGUUAAGAAACUGCUCAAAGGCAUCUGCGAACCACAAAACAUCAUUGAAGAUUACCAGCAUCGCAACCUCUACAUUCAAGAGCAUCGAAAAGAUGUGGUCGCCAAAGCAAUUGGCCGCUGGGAUUUUUGUGGGCACGACUUCAACGAAGACGAACUGGUCUAUGCUGGCUAUUACAUUCUCAACCACGCCCUCAAGAUGGAUGCCGCAGAGCAUUGGCGAAUGCCUCAAGCGGACUUGCUUCAUUUUAUGCAAGGUUGCCGAGUUGCUUACAACUCCUUCGUGCUAUACCACAAUUUCAGGCACGCUGUUGACGUCCUUCAAUCCGUCUUUUAUUUCCUCGUGGCCAUAGGCGCACUCCCGCCAUAUCCCGAAGGCGCCCCAGCGCCCCCUUAUGCCAGUCAAAAGUCUCCGAUUGCGCGCCUUGUUGGUCCGUUCGAAGCUCUCAGCCUCUUGAUCUCUGCUAUCGGUCACGAUGUAGGCCAUCCAGGUGUCAAUAACAUGUUCUUGGUUAAAUUGAACGCCCCAUUGGCCCAGCUCUACAACGAUCAAUCAGUACUCGAGGCAUUCCAUUGUGCCGCCUAUUCACAGAUUUUGAGACGACACUGGCCCGCCGCUUUUCAACACAAGGUCCUCCGUAAACUCAUGAUCGAUACCAUCUUGGCCACCGAUAUGGGUGUUCAUGCUGAUUACAUGGGCAAGCUGGGUAAUCUACAGGAGAAGAUACAUUCAAGUGGUUCCACUGACGGCUGGGCACCUAAAGAUCUUGAAUGGGCCAGGACGUUGACAUGUGGCUUGCUGAUAAAAUGUGCCGAUAUUAGCAACGUUGCACGACCAUGGGCAGUGGCCGAACAGUGGACACACUUACUGCAGGAGGAAUUCGCACAUCAAGGGCAGAUGGAAUCAGCUGUUGGUAUGGAGACAACAUUAUUUGGUGGUCCACCGGAAAUUGGGAACAUGCUCAAGUUGGCGAAUGGCCAGAUUGGGUUUAUGACAAUUUUUGCCCAUCCACUCUUUGCAAAUGUGGCCGACAUCAUUCCAGCCAUGCGCUUUGCUGCGGAUGAGAUCUUGACCAACAAAGGGGUCUGGUUCACCAGGGCAGAGCAUGAGAAAAGAAAACAGGUCUUGCACAAGCAGGGUGGGGGCUUAAGCGACAGUGGUGCUGUUAGUCCCAGAACCCAGAGUCCCGCAGGUCGCAAGUCGACACCCGAUCAUACCAUCUUCCCUUCAUCCCCUUUGCGAGAGCGUGCAAACACCCCAGAGAAUGGAAGGAGUCUAGAUCAAGUUGAAUCCAGCAGAGGUCGUGAGACUGGAACACGCACACCUCCAGAUAAAUCUAGGGGUUCAUCAUUAGCAGCAGCUGCCGCUAUCCCGGUGUCAGGAGAUACCACCAUGUCCGCCAGUGGCAGAUCACCUUCAGCAAAGGCCAAUCCAAAUACAGAAAGCCGAAGAAAAUCGGGUCUCGUUAACGGCGAGCAUAUUUCGAAACUAUCUUCGUUUGAUGGAGCUGAAUCUUCAAGCACGCCAAAGGUGACGACCACAAAACUGGACAUGUCAGAUGAGUCUGAACAAAGUCUCAAUGAUACCAGGAGGGACAAUACAGUCUCUAUGCGAGCUGGCACAGAGACAUUGCCCGAAUCUGUAUUGCAGGAUGAAAAGAGCAGAGAAGAUUCAGCACAGGCACUGUCCAAAUUCAAUUUUGCGACGUCAGAGGAGGAUGAGCCAAUACGAACUUUUGAUCCACAACAAGUUUAUGAUGCGCCACACGCCGAUACGAGAGCCAGCGCUCCGACAGGUAAUACGGAGCACCAGAACCCUAAAUUAGUUGGUGCUGAUGAUGCGAGGCAGGCUCAGAGUCAAGUGAAUGAAGCAGUGACCAAUGUGGCGCAGAGAGGUGGAGGCACAAACGACGCUCUAACACCCAUCCAGAGCACCGAAGCUUCAAGUUAUGCUUCAGAAAGGAGUGAGGAAUAUUCACGAAUCAAAAGCAGCUUUCAGGCAAUGCGGAAUCGUGCUGCGAGUGCACCAUUGUCGCCUGGGAGCCCAAUCAUGAGGCCUAGUUUCAGUCUAGGUAGCAACAGCGCCACCAGUCGCGAGAGCAGCAAACUCGAUGUUCAUGCCACAAUACUCAGUAAUGGCGAAGUUGACGAGGCUGCUAGCCGGGAUCGAAAAGCAAGCACCCGAUCUGUUGGUCGGCGGCGGAGCAAGCUAAAAUUGGGACUUGCCUUUUGGAAGCGAAACAAAAGCGAAAAGAGUGUGGGAGUUGAUGAUCGACCGGACAGCCAAGGAAGUGGCGGACGAUGA